GCAGUGUCAUUUGCGCGCCCUACUUGCAAAGAUGGCGGUGUCUCCUUGCUCACAGUUCGUUUGCAGAGCCCUUGCACUGCUCCUCCGUAGCAAAAUGUGAAUGCGGGCGGGAGGACGGUGCCUCAGGAAUGAGUCGGCGGAGGAAGCAUGCGGACAGCCCUUCCCGGAGGAGCACGCCGCGCAGGGCGGCUGCGGAGAACUGCUGCCUGGCGGUGGAGCCGGGGGCCGGGUCGCCCGGGGCGGCCGGCGACUCCAGGCUCUUCAGGGCGAGAGCGCGGUCUUUGCGGCGGGAGCAGCGCCGGGCGGCGGCUGACGGCGGGCUUGGCCCCGGGGAAGAGUAUAAGACACCAACAAGACUUGUGAAAGUGGAUUUAUUAUCCUCUACCUUCAGUUCUCCGAAUGAUCCAGAUGGACAGACUGAUAUCUUCUGGGACCAGAAUUCUCCGAUGACGAAACAGUUAGGUAAAGGAAGAAAAAAGAAGAUUCCCAGUACAUGCGGUGAUGAGAUUUCACAUAUUGUAAAUCGUAUUGCUCCUCAGGUUGAAAAACCGGUGACCAACUCCAUGCUGGGUGUGUGGAUUGGUGAAACUGCUAUUCCUUGUACUCCUAGUGUAGCAAAAGAGAAGUCACGAGCGAAAAUCAGCUGCGCAAAGUUAAAAACACAAAAUCGAGAAAAAGAACUUAUGAAAUUGGCAGAACAGUUUGACAGAAACAUGGGAGAACUGGAUGUGAUUCAAGAGCAAUACGGGAGGGGUCAUCAUUGUAUGCAGGCCACCUCAGAAGUGGGGCAUGUAUGCGACCAUACAGACUCCACUCGGAUGGAGUCAGGUGAUACAGUCCCUGAAAUCAGUCGUGCUCUAAUGAAGAAGCAAGUGGAAGGACACGCCGGCAUCUCUGUGGCAGAGGAGCAAGACAACAAUGAGAAACCGUUUGACCAAAGUGUUGAAGCAGACCUUAAUGCUAUUUUUGAUGGUUCCACUCAGAUGUGUAGUGGACACCUAAGCCAAGAUCUGUCCGGUGCUUUUUUGAACAAUAGUAAAACCACCUUUGUAAAGAAAAUUUCCUUUAUAGAAGAAGUCGUCACUACCGAAACUCUGCUCGCAGAAAACCUGCUAAGUAAAACUCCAGUGUCACCUUCCCCUCAGGUGAAUACUGCCGCGAUGCUAAAAUCAUGUGUGACUCCGUAUGCUAAGAUGCUAGACACAUCUAGUAAACGUCUUGAUGAGUUGACUUGGUGUGAUUUUGAGGAUGAUUGGGAAAACUUACUAGGCAAUGAACCCUUCCUCAUGGAAAAUGCUGACAUGCUUGAACACACUCCUUCUGCAACUGCCCAAGGUACUGCUCGGAAGGCAAUUUGUACCUUUAUUGGUAAAAAUGAUGCAGUGACAUCAAGAGCAAAUACGAAUCUCGAUAGAAGGUUAAGAGAUUCAAAAAUGACACUGAGUCUACCUUCAGAGGCACAUAACAGAGAACCAAGAAGUACUAGAGAAAAUAGAUUUUCACCGUAUCCAGGUGAUGAGUCAAGGAAGUUACCAUUCACUGGGAGUAGAGUGACGUCUGAGAAAUCUGUCAGUAACAUUGUUAGUAAGAAUGAAGACGAUGUUGCUGCCUCUAAUCUUACAGGCGUGAAAGAAGAUGGCCGUGGUAAGUGCACGUUUCAUGUGGAUGCCUCUGACAAGCCUGGUUCACACACAAGACACCCUAAUAAACAGAAAUACGGGCUCAGUGCUAAGCUGCCUUUGAAAGCACCUGCUAAUGCUUACUGCUUCGAUCCUGUAUUCUUGGGCAAAGAAAACAGUGUUUGUAACACGGAUCAGACUCACGGAUCAAAGUCCAGUUCUUCCCUUGAUGACUGGAAUGACCCACUGUUGGCCAGCGAGAUGGUUGAAGCGUGCCAUCAGUUAGAGACUACCUGGGCAGCAGAUGACAUGGAUGAUGAUUUGUUAUGUCAGGCGUGUGAUGACGUCGAGAGACUAACUCAACAAGAAAACAGAGGCAGCGAAGAAUCGGCAAGUCUGAGUAACAUUCCCAGACAUGGAUCCAGGAAUGCUCCUACUGCACCAACCCAAGGCAGUGUGUUGGUGGUGCCAUCUAAUCCUGUCAGCUCUUCAACACUGUCAUCUUUAACAAAUAAGUCACAGAUAAAUAAAUCUGUGACGGUGAGAAAAAGAGACAAUUAUCCUACUAUCUUGGAUGCUACAACAAAUUUCUCUGUGUGCUCUAAGAAUUCAGGUGGUAAUCAGCAUGUGCCACUUGUGCAGGUGAAUAGCCCAAAAUUUGUUCUUGCAGGAACUUCAAGUUUGAAUGUUAGUUUGGGCCCUGUGCGCACAGGCAUUGCUACUAAUGUGAACUUGAGUACGCAUCCACUCUCCCAUAGUGCCUUAGCAAAUGGAACUCAGAACGACAGUGGAGUAUUGAAGUGCUCAAAAUUUACAUUUAAGACUAAAAAUCCUCAGGCUCUUUCUCAGUUAAAUCAAAAUUGUAUAGCAGGAAGUAUACCUGUUAGCAAAAUCUUGCAGGAUUUGGGAAAAGAGGAAACUGUCCAUUCGUUGCUUGAGGGUAAUCACCAGCGACCUUCAAUAAAGUCUUCUGAGUCUUUGAAACCAUCUUCUACAGAUGAAGAAGAGAGAAAUAGGAAGUAUUCUCCUGAAGAAAUUCAACGAAAAAGGCAGGAAGCACUGGUUCGAAGAAAGGCCAAAGCCCAGGCGUGGCCUACAGUCCAUCCAGCUCCCAUUUCACUGCUCUGAUGAAAUCUGAGUUGGAUGGUUUCACGGCUGUUGAUAACUAUCUGUGAUAGGACUUUUGUUCUUGAUUUCUCUGUGAGAAAUUUAAUGCUGACUUAUAAAGCAUGAGCGUCUACUUUAGUAUUUAAUAAAUCAGUGUUUACAAUGGCAAAUGAAACUUUCUCAGAGACGUAUGUGAAUUAUGUAUAAGUUUUUGAAAAGUUACCAGUUAUGUAUAUACAGAGGGAUGUUCUUGUCUUUAUUAAAUAUGGUAGCAGAUGAGCAUGAAAAAUAGACAGCUGUAAAGUAUCUGUACAAAGGCUUUUUCUAACACAAAGAUUAAAGUUGUGAAGUAAA